ACAUUUCAGUUUUAAAUUCAGCCGCAGUUUACAUGUGGUAUUAUCAUUUUAGGAGUAGGCUAAUUUAAAAGUAAGAUAAUACAUAGAUGUGGGAAACUGUUCAACAAUGUUUGACAGUAAUAAGAUAUCACAAUUCUCAUGCAAAACUGCGCAGGGUCGAUCAGCAUGGAUUAUGUUCAGGCCUACAUCUAUUCUUCGGCUAUUGACAACCUCUCCCUUUCCAGUUUGCAUGACUGGAGCUCUCACUAGCGCUGCUAGUGGACAAUCAAACCUACACACCCACCUCCAGACACACUCGCAUUUCUCAUUUCUUACUUCUAGUCUAAAUUAGAUAGCAAGACGCCGUGUCGGAGCUCACAGACCGCAUAGAAUUAGUUUUAAGUACAAGCGGUAGUUAAACAGCAAAGCUGAAAUUCAACAUGGAGUCCCCUCCAGAUCCAGCGAGCGACCCGGGCAACAGCGCGUCGGAGCCGGCUACCCCGGUCAGGGAAACCCCGGUAAACCUGGAGACGCUCCGGAAAGCGGACCAUCCAGCCCCGGUUCGAAGGCAGACCUGUUCCAGCACCAACAGAGGUAUUUCUGUAACAAAGAAGACACAUACCUCUCAAAUCGAAAUAAUUCCCUGCAAGAUCUGUGGAGACAAAUCAUCAGGCAUCCAUUACGGUGUGAUAACAUGUGAAGGCUGUAAGGGCUUCUUCAGGAGGAGUCAGCAGAGCAAUGCAGCCUACUCCUGCCCCCGUCAGAAGAACUGCCUGAUCGACCGUACCAGCCGCAACCGCUGCCAGCACUGCCGGCUGCAGAAGUGCCUGGCAGUGGGCAUGUCACGAGAUGCGGUGAAGUUUGGUCGCAUGUCGAAGAAGCAGCGAGACAGCCUCUACGCUGAGGUCCAGAAGCACCGGCUGCAGCAGCAGCAGCGUGACCACCAACAACAGCCCGGGGAGGCGGAGCCACUCACACCUAGCUAUGGCCUCUCAGCCAAUGGCCUCACAGAGCUCCAUGAUGACCUCAGUGGCUACAUGGAUGGUCACACCCCUGAUGGCAGCAAACCAGACUCGGCAGUCAGCAGUUUCUACCUGGACAUCCAGCCAUCUCCUGACCAGUCAGGCCUGGACAUCAAUGGCAUCAAGCCGGAGCCCAUUUGCGACUUUGCCCCUGGCUCUGGCUUCUUCCCUUACUGCUCUUUCACCAAUGGAGAAACCUCCCCCACCGUGUCCAUGGCUGAACUAGAGCACCUGGCCCAGAACAUCUCCAAGUCACAUAUGGAGACAUGUCAGUAUCUGAGGGAGGAGCUGCAGCAGAUGACCUGGCAGGCCUUUUUGCAGGAGGAGGUGGAGAGCUACCAGAGCAAGCCCAGGGAAGUCAUGUGGCAGCUGUGCGCUAUCAAAAUAACAGAGGCCAUUCAGUAUGUGGUGGAGUUCGCCAAGCGCAUCGACGGCUUCAUGGAGCUGUGUCAGAACGAUCAGAUAGUGCUGCUGAAAGCAGGCUCUUUGGAAGUUGUGUUUGUCAGAAUGUGCCGUGCCUUUGACUCACAAAACAACACAGUCUAUUUUGAUGGAAAGUAUGCCGGACCUGAUGUGUUCAAGUCUUUAGGCUGUGACGACUUGAUCAGCUCCGUCUUCGAGUUUGGGAAAAACUUGUGUUCUAUGCACCUGUCUGAGGAUGAGAUCGCCCUGUUCUCCGCCUUUGUGUUGAUGUCUGCCGACCGAUCCUGGCUCCAGGAGAAGGUGAAGGUAGAGAAACUCCAGCAGAAGAUCCAACUGGCUCUCCAGCACGUCUUGCAGAAGAACCACAGAGAGGAUGGUAUACUUACAAAGUUGAUAUGCAAAGUGUCGACACUGCGAGCGCUGUGCAGUAGGCAUACAGAAAAGCUUACAGCUUUCAAAGCAAUAUACCCAGACAUUGUGCGUGCCCACUUCCCCCCCUUAUACAAGGAGCUGUUCGGAUCAGACUUUGAGCAGUCCAUGCCCGUUGACGGGUAGCAGCCCUGCCAGGUGCCAGUGUGCCCACCGUAGGGGAAUGUGGAGGAGGAAUCUGAGACACUUUAUUGGUGCCCUGCACAAACCAGAGCGGACAGAUGGCGCACGCUGUUCAACUUCUUCUUUUACAUUGGAGGGGAGGGCUUGGGGAGUUGAUUCUCAUGGUUUACUUUAUUGAAUUUAGUUCUCUUUGGAAGACUUGUGGCACCCAACACCCCAUGGGACAUGAAGAGGAGAUAGGGACAAAUAAUUUCUGUCUGGUUGAACUUGACCUUCUUAUGCGCAUUUCUAACAUGGAACUCAUGAUUGAUUUCAUUCAUUCACUCAUUUUCCUGUUAAAAUAUCUGAUGACCUAUUCCAUGACAACAUGAAUUCAAAUCAGUAUUAUUUUUGAGAUUACACUCCCGAAAAAGUUGUAGACAUUUUCUUACUCAGAACAGUCAUAGCCCUCUCACCCUCAAACAUUAUAUUCCCAAAGUGAAAUUUAAAAAAAGCAGAUGCGCAAAUGUUGGUCAAGUUCAGCCGUUUUUUUUUCUCUUGUGUUCAGUCGUAUCUUUUGGACGCAGUGCUCGGAAUGAAAACUCACAGCGACUUUGAGGGAGGGUCCGUCGGCAUGGUGUUGCAAUCGGCACCUCUCUAUGGACAAUCGUUUAAAAAAAAAAAAGAAACAUAGAAUUCUGGUAAUUCUAAUGAAAACGCAAUGAUUUUAGCUGUCAAAGACUCCAUCCACCAUUGUUGCAUAGUGAAAUCAUGUAAGGCCAUCUGCUAUUAAUCCUUCUCUGGACAGGUGCCCUGGAGAAGCACAGGGCACCAACACAAUGAAAAGGGUCCAUUCCACCUGUUUUAUAAUGUACUACAGGGUAUAUGGUCAUAAGUACUUACUAUACAGAAAAAAGUAAUGUUUAUAGAAUCUAUUUUAAAUAACAUGUAUGAUAUUAGUAGUUAGACCAUUCUUAAUUGUUGAAUUGAUAAGGCACUUUUAUUUACACCUUUCUUUAAUUUAAGACUUGUAUAUUAACCUAGUGAAGUGUUGCAUGUGCACAAGAAAUACAAGUUGAACCAUGGUCACAGAGGCUAGUCUUGGGAGCUGUAGAUGAUACUGGUCUGGAAGUGUAAGGGCUGUCUGUUAGGAUGGCUGGCGUUGCUGCCUGCUGGUGAACAAAGAGGCAUGGAUUAGAAGGCAGGUUAGAGACAUUCUAUCACCUGUUACCUCAACAACCGCCAGUAACAACACCUGACAAAAUGUAGCUCUGAUACUCCUUUUAAAUGAGUAUGCACACAUACAAUAACAGCCAACAAAGCCUGUAGUGAUGUUAAUGUCUCAUGGCUUUCUUGAUCUUUGUUAUGUUAGUAAUAUUUUUUUUAAAGCUAGAUGAGUUCCACAUUUAAAAAAAAAAGUGUAUUCUUUGCUAUUAAUUUCAAGAUAGUUGGUGCAAAUUGUGCUUUGAAAACCUUUGCAUAUUGUGUAAAGAAGUCUACAAGAAAACAUAUUUGCAAAAUAUUAUCCAAGCCAUGAUCCAAGUCAAGAUCACACACUGACUGUAACCCAAUUGUUCCAUCUAGUGGAAGCUAAAGAAACAGCAAGCAAGUGAACUGCCUAUUGGCAAAGAUGCAAGGUCUAACCUUAAAAUACAUUCACAAGUCUCCUUUAAAAGAGUGUUUUCUGUUGUUGUUUUUGAGUGAUUCUACCUGCCUUCUCACCACACUCUCAGCCCAGCAACGCCACGACAGGACACAGAAGAAACAAUAAAGGGAAAGUGAAUAUUCAAAGCCUUGUCUGGUAGUAAAGCUUCUAUUUUUGUAACAUGUUUUGGUUAAUAAACUCAUGAAGAGAAAGAGGGAGAGAAAAAGAUGUCAGGUAGCACUUAACUAUAUUCCCGCAAUAAUUAGACUAGCCGUUGUUUGUACGAUUAGGGGAGAAACAUAAAAAUGGUAGGACAAGUGCUAUUUUCAGAAUGCUUUGUUGUUGUGCUUCUGUUUUGUUGAGUGUGUCUUUCUUGUCAGUGUGGUAGUCAAGUGGUAGAAAAAACCCUGGAUGUGCCAAACAGUAGUCGUUGCUUCCGCUUUCCAGUCUACUCGUCUAUAAUGUAGAAUGGAUUCCUAAGACAUUCCAGCAAUCUCAGUAGCGGCUUCUAGAAAUAUCUUUUAAAAAAGAAAAGAGAAAAAAAAAAUAAAAAAAAUAAAAAAUGAUAUCCCUUUAGAAACCCAACAAAGCAUGUUAACACAUGUGUCACCAACCAUGACAUAGAAUCCAGUUGUUUGUCUUUUUUUUUUCUUCUGUUUGCACACUAUCAUUCCUCUGCCAUGCAAUUUGUACAAGGCGUUAAUGCCUUGUGCUGUCACCCCUCAGGGAAGAGUUUCUUUUGCGCUUUCAGUUUGAGAGGACAUUUGUUUGCACUCAUUAGGUUUAGUUGAUGUUUUUGUUCAGGGAUGUCCCAUGAGGAGUGGUUGAGAUUUAACAUUUGAAAUGUCAUCACUGAGUUGUUCAAUUCUUUACAUGACUGAUGUCCUUAAAGGGGGCUUACAGCCACUCAAAGACCACUGUGCCCCUAUGGUCAAGUUCAAGAAAAAUCUCAUUUGUAAAAAAACUACAACAAAAAAACAAUAAACCCCCAUCACUUUUACAAACCGCAAGUUUUAUCAGCUCACAGCAUAUUCCUGUCACACAAAAAUUAGUUUUGGUUUAAAACGGUGUCAUCAGGGUCUUUAAAAUGAUAACCCUCUUUGUUAGAGAAACCAAAUAUUCUUAUGCAAUACUUAAUCUGUUGUGUUUCGGUAGUAGUUAUGCUGUACCUAAGUAAUAAUCUCUGUUAUGAUCCAAUGCUAUUUGGAUAUGCACAAGCCCUCUACGACGAGUAAACCUCAGUCUCCCAGCAAAAGAAAACCCAGUCUGGAACACUGCUAGACAAUCCAGGUUGAGAGGCCCAGUGGCCCUGCAAGAGCAGCAAAGAGGAUGAGGUGUGAACGCUCAGGGAGGUAACAGGUAGACAGAAGAAGCAGCUUGCUUUCCUUUGGACAGUAAUGCAGAGCAUGUGAUUUUGCUCUUUUUCUGAAUUCAUGAGGUCUUUCAAACCUCUUGAAAUCAGUAAGAGGUGGUGACAUAGCACACUGACCAUGCAGUACAGCACUUACUGUUCAAAAAAAUAAUGAAGAGAUGGAGACUUGGCUGAUUUCCUGUUAUUUAUUUGCAAAACAUUUGGUUUGUCUCUUGUAAAAAAAAAAAAAAAGAUUCAAUUUUCUUAAGCUGUUGUAAUCUUGCCUGAUGAUAAGGUCUACCACCAAAACGUUAUUCUCUAAUGGCAGAAAUUGUUUAAUUUUGUUUUUAUUCAAGUCGAAAGGGUUGAGUGGCUUGUAAUGUGUUCUACAAUAUAAAACAAGCAAUAUGCCUUGUGUUACAAUUACGGGUCUCUACAGUGCAGUCAUCAUCCUUUUUGAAUUGACUUUGACUCAUACGGCAAACUUUUAUUCUCAGUCUAGAACAAAAAGUAAUAAUGUCCCAUCACUCUGUGUUCAUCACCUUAUGUACUGGUAUGGUUGUGAUAUUGACAGGAUAGCAGAAAAUGGUCAUCAAACACAUGAAUACUUGUGUCUAACUAUAAACUGCGCCUACACACAGGCCUGUAAAGUGAUGUCCUUCUGUAUAUUCUCACUUGAGAUAUCCCGAUUUCAGUAAGGGGUUGAUGCUAAGUGUGCUAUUCAAUCAGUGUGUAGUAUUCAGUAAAAUGUACUGGUCCUUCUGUCUCUGCUCUGUUGUCUGUUUGUAAAAAGCAAUAGUGUGUAUGUGUGUGCGUAUGUGUUUGUUCUCACAGUGUGUGAAUAAAUAAAAACCCCAGACAAGGCUUUAAUAAUUACAAAGGAACAGGGUUAUGUGGAUGAGGAGGUCUUGAUAUUAUUUUGGACUUUAAAAAAAGAAAAAAAUGUGUUUUGGAAAAUGCCAAGCUUGAUCCAUCCAUAAUAGGUGUAGGUUUUAAAAAGCAUGACAUAAUGCCUUCAACAAUUCAUAGGUCUGUAGAGUGCUGUGAAACAACAUUGAACCAGCUUCGCAGUGAAAACAUGCUUCGCCCUAUCAGUCCAGACAGUGCGGCCACAGCCGAACUUGACGCAAACUGAAAGUGAAAUCCGGACGGUAAAUUGUGAAAAUGAGUGUUCCUGGCCAUAAAUUGUGAAGAUCAGUGUUAUGUCACGCUUACAAAAGUUGUGCUGGAGUGCCGGUGUGUUACCCAGAAUUAUGAGUCAGUCGUCACAUUUUAACAGAACUCAUUUUCCAAAGCACAGCUGAUAAGGAUUUAUGAUUAAAAAUAUGUUUAAGAAUAUAGUUUUUAAAAAAUGAAAAGCAACUUUUAGCCAUAAUUGAAUGUCAAGCAAUAAUAUAUGUCCUUGUAUUAUUUUUGAUUUUUCUUUUUCUUUUUGUGCAUAUAGUCUUUGAACAUCUGCAUGUAAAUACACCUCUUAUUUAUCACUUUUUGGUUUAUUUUGUGUCGAUUUUGUGGAUGUUUUUAUGUUUCAUCUGUAUAUUUGACCAGUUCUGUUCCCAGGUGGAGAACUAAGAACUUGACAUGGCCUGUUAUGCUGUAUAUCUUAUUUUCUCACUCUUUCUCUCUCUCUCAUUCUUGGCUGUUUAUUCACCAUAUUUAAUGUUAUUAUUGAUCACAUGUAUAAAGGUAGCUUUGUAACUUCUGUCUGUAUAGGUAAGAGGAAAAUACUGCUACUAAGGCCUACCCAAUGAAAAUAUUUAUCUGUUUAUCGAUGACACCAUAUUGUACGAUAACUCUGUUUCUAGUUUGCUUCCCUCCUUUAGGAUUAGUUUGAUAGACAUAGGGUGUGCUGACAUUUAUUUUGUGUUGCCCUGAUGUGUGGUGCUAGGUAAGUUAAUUUUGUGAACAAAGUAUUAAUUACUAAGCCUGGUCACCCUAUUAGUCAAUUCAUUUCAUUGCAUAUUAAUGUAUUAUUGACUCAAUAAAUAAUAAUAAUAAUAAUAAUAAUAUUGAUAAUAAUAAUGAUAAAUGAUAGUGGUAAAAUUACCCAACCAGUACCUGUAUCAGUGUGCUGGUCUUGGGAUAAGGCACUUAUUUCCUUCUGACUUAUAGUAAAGCUAGUAUCUGCUAAUUAACAAGCUAUUUAAGGUUGCUUUACUGGUUUGUGGGAAAAUGAUAAUAUUCAAACUGAAACAGCAGUGUUGUGUUUUCUUUUUUCUUUGUCUGAUUGUAAAAACCACUCACUGAGGAUGUAGUUUGUCAGGCUUUAAGAUACUAAAUAUUUACCUCUCUUGUGUCUGCAUAGUUCCUCACCUGAUGCAGGGAAGUGGUGCUUGGAUUAAACAGAGCCUCAGUAUGCUUUUGUUAUUCCCCAUUUAGACUAUCUGAAACAGUGGUUUCUUCAGACCAGUGGCAUAAACCUCUUGCACCACGUUAAGUGUUACAAAUGUACAUGAAAGGAUUGCCAUUUGAGGACAAAGUUGACCUUUUCUCUCCACUCUGUAGCAAAUAUCAGUAAGAAUAUGCUUGCAAUAAUACACAACGUAUCACACUGAGUGCCUCUCGGUGUACCAGGAUGCAUACAUGGUUUUGAUUGUCUUUUUUGUGGUUUUUCCAGACGUGUACUGAAGUGACAAUGUAUUUUGUACGUGAGGAUGAAUUCUCACAUGCUUCAAAUGUUUUUCAAAUUCUUUCUUUGUGUGUUGUUGAUCAUUUUCACAUGGGUUGAUACGCAACGUUUAAGGGUUCCAAUGUAUAGAAAGUCCGUUUAGAGUGUACAUGUCACCCCUCACUUGUUUAUGAAACAUGACUGGGAAGUUUGCUUCAUUUUGAUCUCGAAUGGUCAAAUAAAUGCUUGCAGAUAACAUUACAGAAAAGUUCACCUGCACAUUUGGGGUUUUUUUUCUCAGUUAGACAAAAGUUAACAGGCAAUCCACAUUUCUUCAUUUUCUGUCUGUUUUAUAUCAGUUUUUUAUUUCACUGAGAACAGAAGAUUUACUAAUGCAUUGUAUAUCAAGUAUUUGUAUGUGUUUGUAAAAGAGGCAUACAACACAUCUGGAUUUCUUUAAUGUUCUGUGUUCAAUGUGCGCUCAGUCGGUUGGGGUAACGUAAUAUGAAGGGUGGGUGGAGCAGGGGUGGAUUCUUUUUCCAUGCAAAAGCAGUACAAAUUAUGGGAAAGCCGAAACUAGUGUGUGGUUGUCACAAAAUUUCUAAGUCACAUGUUUGCUACUGAUGUUAAAAUGGGGACAGAUGAUCAUGUACCUUUUUAUCCAGCUCUUUUGAACUCUCUUUAGCAGGUAGUCUAUUCACAAACGUAGUUUUGCUCCUUCUUGUCUGAUUCUUAAAUAUGAAAAUAAGUAUUUUGAUUCAUUUUGUAAAUACAGCUGUAAAGAAAAAUAAGAAAUUUAAUGUUGUCUUUUAAAUACUUUUCAUUCUAAUAUGAAUGUUGUUAUAUUGUACUUAGAAACUGUACCUUUAAUAUUACCUUUAUUAAAAGUGCAUUGGACACAUCGAUUUUAGAUGUGCUUUAUGUGCCGUUAUCCCAUAAUAAAAUUUACCGCUUGUAAUGGGCUUUUAUUUCCUGACUGUUUAUCUGUCUCGGUUGUCUGCUCUCUCUCUUUCUCUCUCACUUCUUUUUUAA